AUGCAGAUGUACGCCGCGGAUGAAUCAUUGGAACACCGUGGACAAACCGAUCUUCCGUGCAGCGGGAUGAUAACUGAUCGACGGUCGAGCAGAUCACGUUUCGUUCGGAUAUUAUUGAAAUACACCAAGCUGUACUGCAAGUACACGAAGCUAGCUGGAUUCAGGUACUUCGUGGAACCGGAAGCGACGUGGUUCGACAGAACGCUGUGGUUUCUGGUGUACGCGAUCACCGUGCCCAUGAUGAUCUACACGGUUUACUACGGCUACGUGGGAUUCAUGGAGACACCGUUGAUGACUACCGUGGAGACGGAAUCCUUCUUCACGCAGAAAUUAGAUUUCCCAGCUAAUUUCAUUAAUAUCGGUGGCAGCUUCGCCGCGAAUAUCUCCCGUCUAUCCUACGACGAGAUUCUCGACAUGAUCUCGCAACUGGGCGAUCUUUACGACUCCGAGUUUAUAACGCAGAAACGUUUCUAUCGGAUCGACCAACUUCUCACGGUGUUUUACGACGGCUACUAUAACAUCACCGACGUAAUGAAACGGCUGACGCCGCAGUGUUCCUCGAUCCUGUCGAAGUGUCACUUCCACAGCGCGGAACGCAACUGCACCGACAUAUUCCAGUUCCGCAAGACGCAAGACGGCUUCUGUUGCACCUUCAAUUACGCCAUCAAAGGAGACGACACACCCCUGGACACCGGGAUUAAUCACAGAAUGGAACCGAUAAAGGUGCAAAAAUUGACCGAGGACGGAGGCCUGACGGUGCUACUCGAGCCGUUUCUCGACGAUUACUUCUACCCUAUUUUCCCCAGCGCUGGCUGGAAGGUGAUGAUCUUCAAUCCGUUCGAUUAUCCGGACAUGACCAGCGGUGGUGUGCUCGAUAUACUGAUCUCGCCUAAGAUGUACAGGAGCGUGGAAAUACAGGCGAUCAUGUUCUACAGCAGCAGGAGGAUUAUAUCGUAUCCGGUGGACAAGAGGGACUGCGUGUUCGCUGAUGAGAUGGUCACUCUUCGAGCUUUUUAUACGUACAGCGAUUGUAUCGUGGAUUGUAAGAUGGAGGAUAUGUGGAAGCUGUGCGGGUGCAUACCCUUUUAUUUGCCUAAUCGAGGUAAGAUUCGGUUUGCGAGGGUCUGCAACUUGGAAGACGUGCCGUGCUUGUCGCAGCACAAAUCCAGAUGGAUAUCGGUGGUGCCGCACGAAGAUUUGUACAACGACGAGAGCCUGAACAAUUCGAGGAUUCUGCAUUGCUAUAAAUGCUACUCCGAGUGCAGCGACGUGAGAUACGACGCGAAGAUUACCAUGUCUAACCUGGUAUCCAAUCAACACAUCGUCAAAUUAAUAAAGGACGUGGAAAUCGCAGAUCAAGGAAUCCUCACGGUGUACUUCAACCAACCGGGCACAGUAUGCUUGAAACAAGACGUGAUCUAUCGCUGGUACGAACUCAUGGGCGACGCGAGCAGUAUUUGCGGCAUCUUCGUCGGUUUCAGCCUGAUCGUCGUCGUCGAGUUCGCCUACUUCGUCGGGCUGUUCGUGCUGGAGCUUUUAAAGGGACCAGCCUCGUCUGAUGGAGAGGAAAAAUGGGCCGGGAGUAAACAAGCCACGAUCCUGCGAAGACCAGUGAAAGGGGACCAUGAUCAAGGAAUACAGCAGAAAACCUGCCGUUUCAUCCGCAUGGACACAGACGAUUCCACGCAAGCGCAUCCUGCGAUCGAGAAACAUGAAAGUAUUAAGGAAACACUGGCGGAUGUACUGCGAGCAUUCCAGCCUGGUGGGCCUUAA